GCAGUCCCUCGGCUGCUAGCCGGAGCGAGCGCCAGGGCGGAGACCCCCGCCAGGCCCCCAGGCACUUGCUGCACCGAGGGCUCCCACUCGUGAUCGCAACCCGGUAGCUUCGAAGUGCCAGCCGCAGCCUAAGGGGGCUGCUUAGCGUGGGAGGGCGUCGCGGUCUCCGGGGACCCAGUCCGAACUUGCAGGGGACGGCGGCUCUUGUGGCCUGGAGAGUGUGAACAGGAUUGUGGGCCCUUCCAGCAUUGACAGUGAUAUGGUGAACUCAAACGCUGGGACCUGAAAGAUCUGCUCAGCUCUUCCGUUUACCAACAGAAACUUGUCCAGCAGCACCCGUCAUGGCUAAAAGUGCAGAGGUCAAACUGGCGCUGUUUGGGAGAGCAGGAGUGGGCAAGUCAGCUCUUGUAGUGAGAUUUCUGACCAAACGCUUCAUCUGGGAAUACGACCCCACCCUCGAAUCAACCUACCGACACCAAGCAACCAUCGAUGAUGAAGUGGUUUCCAUGGAGAUCCUAGAUACUGCUGGCCAGGAAGAUACCAUUCAGAGGGAAGGACACAUGAGAUGGGGAGAAGGCUUUGUGCUGGUUUAUGAUAUUACUGACCGAGGGAGUUUUGAAGAAGUGGUGCCACUGAAGAACAUCCUAGAUGAGGUCAAAAAGCCCAAGAAUGUGACUUUCAUCCUGGUUGGUAACAAAGCUGACUUGGACCACUCCAGACAGGUCAGUACAGAGGAAGGGGAGAAGCUGGCCACAGAAUUGGCGUGUGCUUUCUAUGAGUGUUCUGCCUGCACGGGUGAAGGGAAUAUCACGGAGAUAUUCUACGAGUUGUGUCGAGAGGUGCGUCGCAGGAGGAUGGUACAGGGUAAGACCAGGCGACGCAGCUCCACUACGCACGUCAAGCAAGCCAUUAACAAGAUGCUCACCAAAAUUAGUAGUUAGACUACUGUGUGUUUGCCCUGUCCUACUGAGGGGAGGUCAAGUCAGUGAAAAUCCAUUCUUUUUCCUUUCCAAGUCC